AUGGCCCUCUCAAAAGUCCAACACACCCAAUCCAAAAAACUAGCCACCUCCAAAAUCGCCCGGCGCCAACUCGCAGACCUCCUCCGUGCCAACCGCGAGCAAUCAGCACGCAUUAGAGUCGAAAACAUCAUAAGAGACGACAUCUACGUCGAGCUCCUAGAAUACAUCGAGCUCUACACCGAGCUCAUCCUCGCUCGACUCCCGCAGAUCCUCACCACUGCAACAUGCGACUCUAGCCUAUACGAAUCGGUGCAAUCGAUAAUUUACACCGCGAACUAUUCGCAGCUCCGUGAGUUGGUUCAAGUGCGCGAUAUCUUGGCGUACAAGUACGGUGCUGAGUUCACGAAGGAGGCAAUGGACAACAGCGGCGGACACGUACCGGAGAAAAUCUACAGGCGAUGCGACUCGAGUCCUCCCAGCUCGGAUUUGGUUGAUUUGUACUUGUGUGAGAUUGCGCGAGCUUACGGUGUGCCCUACUCUGGCUUGAACGAUGAAGACGAUGGUGAUGAUGGAGAAGGGGGAGGUGGGAUAGGCGAGGUAGAGAAGGACGCUGACGUGAAGGUGAAGGAGAAGGAGAAGCCGAUUGCUGAAGUGGCGGAUACGGGGGUCAAGAAGAACGACAAAAGUGAGCCUCCUGCGAAGAAAGUCGAGGAUGAUUUCGAUGCGUUAAAGGCCCGAUUUGCUGCUUUGAAAGGAACGCCAAAGUGA